UUUAUGGGUUAAAAAAAAUACAUGUAUUAUUUGAUGAAAUCGUAUGAUAUAUUUAUUAUCCUUCCCACAAGUGCCUUUAUUUUUCACUGGAAAAAAAAUUAUAGUUGAAACAGGCACGAACUGGGACGUCCACAGGUCCUGAUUUUGGACAGCGUUUCCACGUGCAGAUUAGACGACGCGUUUCUGAGCUGUACGUUAAUAUCAGAAAUGGGAGGCCAGGAAAAGAAAAAGUAUGAAAGAGGAUCUGCCACUAAUUAUAUUACUAGAAACCAAGCAAGGAAGAAAUUGCAACUUAGCCUUCCAGAUUUUAGGCGAUUGUGCAUACUUAAGGGAAUAUACCCUCAUGAGCCCAAACACAAAAAGAAGGUGAACAAGGGUUCUACAGCACCUCGAACUUUUUACCUGGUGAAGGAUAUAAGGUUUCUUCUGCACGAGCCUAUUGUCAACAAAUUUAGAGAGUACAAGGUUUUUGUUCGAAAGCUCCGAAAGGCAUAUGGCAAAGCAGAAUGGUCCACUGUACAACACUUGAGAGAGAACAAACCCAGUUAUAAGCUAGAUCACAUUGUCAAGGAAAGGUAUCCUACUUUCAUUGAUGCCCUCCGUGAUCUGGAUGAUGCCCUUUGUAUGUGUUUCCUGUUUUCUACAUUUGCUCGUACAGGAAAAUGUCACGUUCAAACAAUUCAGCUUUGCCGCCGUCUUACAGUGGAAUGGAUGAAUUACAUUAUCUACUCCCGCUCCCUCAGAAAGGUAUUUCUGUCCAUUCGUGGAAUUUACUACCAGGCUGAGGUUUUGGGACAGCCUAUAACCUGGCUUAUUCCAUACCAGUUUGCCCAUGAUCAUCCAACUGAUGUAGAUUACAGAGUAAUGGCCACAUUUACUGAAUUUUACACAACUCUUCUUGGUUUCAUAAACUUUCGUCUUUAUCAGAACUUAAAUCUUCUUUACCCACCAAAGCUGGAGAGUCCCACUGAAGAACUGAUGACAUCAGAAUACGGAGAAGACUAUGCCAUGGGUUCUGAAAGUUAUUUAGAGAGAUUAUCAGCUCUCUCUGCAAGUAUAGCUCCUGUUAUUCCCUCUAAAGAAGACGAUGAAGUUCAACUUGAUGAAUUUCCAACAGAGGGGGAAGAUGCUAAUCAGACAGAGUUGAGGGAGAAGGAAAAUAAGCAAGCAGAGGCUCAGCUAAAACUUUUUGAAGGUCUCAAAUUCUUUCUUAAUAGGGAGGUGCCAAGAGAGUCACUUGCCUUUGUAAUAAGGUGUUUUGGUGGGCUGGUUUCUUGGGACCGGUCUUUGUGCAUUGGUGCUACAUAUGAAGUUACAGAUGAAACUAUCACCCAUCAAAUAGUAGACAGACCUAGUGUUGAUAAGCAGUAUUUGAACAGAUAUUAUAUCCAGCCUCAGUGGAUAUAUGACUCUGUCAAUGCUAGACUCCGUCUCCCAGUGGAAGACUAUUUUUUGGGUGUAACACUGCCCCCUCAUCUGUCUCCAUUUGUGGAAGAAAAAGAAGGAGAUUACAUACCUCCCGAAAAACUGAAAAUAAUGGCCUUGCAAAGGGGAGAGAAGCCAGUUGAACUAAACAAAGAUGACAAUGAUGAUGAAUCCAGUUCUGAAGAGGAAGCUAUAGACACAGGUGGCGAUGAAGCACAGGAGGAGAAUCUUAGACAACCUGUACAUAAAAAAGUGAAUGUCAAGAAACUUCCAGUCAAAGUAACUGCUGGAAAAAUCCGUGUACAGAAGGUGAAUGUAAAUCAGGAAAAAGCUGAGGAGAAGCGUUUAGCUAUCAUGAUGAUGAAAAAGAGGGAAAAAUAUCUCUAUGAUAAGAUCAUGUUUGGGAAGAAAAGAAAAGUCCGCGAGGUGAACAAACUUGCAGCCAAAAGAAAAGCUCAUGAGGAAACCAUGAAGGCAAUUAAAAAGAAAAAGAAAUCCCAAAAGUGACCGCACAGCAAAAUCAUUUAGAUAGGACUUGCAGGGCAGCAUCAUGCUGAGCAUUUUCAUGUCAUUAUUGUCACCUCCUCAAAUAGUGAAAACAAGUGCCUCAUUUCAGACACUAAAUGUGGCUGCCAUCAGAUAUCUUGCUGUACCUUAAGGAAUUUUUAAGAGCUGUAGUUUUUCAUUUGGGAUAUCUUAACUCAAUACUCUGUUAUAUAAGAUACAGUGCACACUAUGAAUUUGCCCAACUUCUGGCAACUGCAGUCUAUCCAGACACUUAAUUUUGUAACUAUGCAGCUAGUAUGUUACGCUCCAAAGAAAUGAGUAAUAGAAGUUCAGAGGUUAUUGUCAUACCCCAAGUAUUUUAGUUCUAACUUUAAUUACUUUUAUCUGAGUUACUGCUUGUAAAUUGUUACAAAAGCAAAUUUCAAUAAUUGGCAUUUCCUGGCAAUUGGUAAACUAAUAAGUGGUUGGCACUUGUAUGGUUAAAAAAAAAUCAUGUAAAUUAAUAGGGUUAUCCUAAAUUUCUUGUUUGAAUUUUUCAUUUUUUCCAAAUAUAUUUAUUGACAUGUCAUUCUUAAACAACAACUAAUUACCGGAUUUGAAUAUGUGAACUUUUUCAUGUACACGUACACAAGUGCUGUUUCUAAUGACCAAAAUCUCAUUUGCUUUUUUUAU